AUGUCAACAACAGACGAAUUUCUUGGAGAUAUCGAUAAUAAAACAGAUGACGUCGAAAAAAAACGUACGAUUGAAGAUGAUCAAGAACAAGAAUAUGUAUUGGCACUUCUUGCUGUUGAUAAUGCGAAACAAAAUAAUGCAUCAAAAGAAACAAUUGAAGCAUUAGAAAAAGAAAAAGAUAAUAAAAAAUUAAGGUUCUAUCGAAGUGGAAUCGAUGUUGAUGUAGUUGAUGCAAGACGAGCAAAAAGAGAACUCAGCAAAAAAGAUAAAUCUGCAUUUAAAACAUUUUCACAAAUCAUUGCUGAAGGUCUUGGUUUAGAUGAUGAACCUGAUUAUGUUAAUGUUAAAGCAAUGAGUACAUUAAUUAAAAAAGAUACAGUUGCUUAUAUGCUGUGUCUUGAUGUAACAUGUAGAGAAACAGUUGUAGAUGAAAAUAAUGGAACAUACAGGUGUAAAAGAUGUAACAAAACAUAUAAUAAUUUAGAAUGGUCUUAUAUGGUUUCGGCUGAAAUCUCUGAUGCAACCGGUGCACAAUGGAUCACUGUAUUUGGUAAUGAAGCUGAAACAUUACUUGGUAUGACUGCUAAUGACUUUGGUAAUCAUAUACUUAAUCAAAAUGAAAGUAUUAUUGAAGAUAUCAUUCGAAAAGCAAUGAAUCAUGAACGAAUUUUUAAACUUCGUGCUAAAGCUGAACAACAUAAUAAUGAACGAAAGAUUCGAUUUACUUGUGUAGGUGUUAGUGAUGUUGAUUGGCCAUCACAUGGACGACGAUUAAUUGAAGAAAUCAAUCGAAUGGAACCUAUGGUGAUAUUACCAGAUGAAGAUACUUUAUUAAGACGACAUAUUGGUGCAGCAUGUGAAAACCGUUAUCGAGCACAACAACGAACAGCAAAUCAAGAAUCAUAUCUAUCACCAGAAUUGUUACGUGGUCGUUGGAUUGAAUUGUUUAAUGAACAGAAUAGAGAUAAUCAAACAUAA